AAAGGGGACGGUUCUCAGGUUAAGGAAUCCACCGAUAGUAGUACGACGCUGGAGGAUGAUGAUGUCGACAAAGAUAAGAAAGGUGUAGAUCGCGCGUGUACUGUAAUAUCUAAGGAACAUGAUGAAGAAACUUUGACAAAAGCUGAUUCCUUCGGCAAAGCUCGCGGUGACAGCAAUGCAUCGUUGCGCCGAGCAGAAGUGAUUAAAGUUACUGAGGUGCUCAUAGAUGCUAUAAAUAACGGCGAUUAUGAUACGUAUUCCAAAUUGUGUGAUCCUAAUGUAACGGCAUUUGAUCCUGACGCGCUAGGUAAUUUAGUCGAAGGUGUAGAAUUUCAUAAAUUCUUUAUCGACAACACACCGACACAUGUUAAAACCAACACAACUAUUUUGAACCCUAGAGUGCACCUGCUUGGAGAUGACGUAGCUGUUAUAGCAUAUGUCUGCGUAACACAAAGUGUAGAUGCUGAAGGUCGGCGAGCUACACAUCAAUCUCAGGAGACUCGUAUAUGGCACAAACGCCACAACAAGUGGACAGCAAUACAUUUCCAUCGCUCCUAACUAGUUCCUUCUAUGAUCCAGCUCGAAAUGUCAGGGGAGAAUUGUCUAGCGAUGCAAACUAUUUUAAUGGUGAUGCCAUUACUG